UUUCUCUGCAUCUAAUCUACUCCUCUCCUCAACUUCUUCUGCAACAAAGAAAAAAAAACUCACAUUUUGUUUGUCCAAGUGUAAAAGAGAGAUCAGAUGGCAUCCACUUCAAUGGCAGUUCAAAUGGCAAUGCCAUUAACAUCUGCAAGCCAGAAGAAAAUACCAGCAACAAAAACAUUCUUCAACCCAUUACCAUUGAAGUCGUCCAAGUCUAUCGUUGUCGCACAGAAAUCAAGCUCUGUGAGAGUUCAGGCAUCACUUAAGGAGAAAGCUAUUGCAGGAUUGACUGCUGCAACUCUUACAGCUACAAUGGUUAUCCCUGAAGUUGCUGAAGCAGCUGGUUCUGAUCUUUCUCCUUCUCUUCAGAAUUUCUUGUACAGUAUCAUUGCUGGUGGAACCGUUCUUACUGCAAUCCUUGGUGCUGUCAUCGGUGUCUCCAACUUCGACCCUGUUAAACGUGCCUGAAAAACAAAAUUCGCAAUUUCGAAGUAUAUGAUGCAGUUAUUUAGCUACCAUUUCUCUGUAUUUCCAUUCUCUCUUUAAUGUUUUCUUACCUGUAAUUUGAUCUGAAGAUAUGAAAUCAGAGAUUCGGUUUCCACAAUCCA